AGCCAAAUAACGGUCUGUUGACACAAACCCGUAUUCUCAGAAAAUUACAAACCACCAAUUUAGUUUUCACUUUCCUCAACAAACACGUUAUAGCCAAAUAUCGGUCUGUUGAUACACACAAACAAAAAUCUCAAAACCAUCGUCACAAACCCGUAUUCUCAGAAAAUUACAAACCACCAUUUUAGUUUUCACUUUCCUCUCAAUCUUUUCCCCCAAUUUUCAGAUCCAAAUAGUGUUCAAAAUCCCAAAUUUUGAUCACACCAGUCCACUCUCUUCAUGGGCAGCCAUGUCCAAGUAUAGUAAUUUCGUCCAAAGUCUCAUCAAACCCUUCAAAUUCAACUCCAAGAAAGAAGAACGAGACGAAGAAAACUUGGAAAAGAUCGCGGCAAAAGAACAGAAGUUAUUCCCUUUUGAAACCCUAGUUUCUGCAACCAAAGAUUUCCACUCUAAUCACAAGCUUGGGGAAGGCGGGUUUGGUCCUGUAUACAAGGGAAAGUUGGAGGAUGGGAGAGAGAUUGCGGUCAAGAAAUUGUCGCAGAACUCGAAUCAGGGGAAGAAAGAGUUCACAAAUGAGGCGAAGCUUCUUGCUCGUGUGCAGCACCGCUAUGUUGUAACAUUAUUGGGAUACUGCACACAUGGUGCUGAGAAGCUACUUGUGUACGAGUAUGUAGCAAAUGAGAGCCUUGACAAGCUUCUCUUCGAUUCUGGUAGAAAAGAUGCCCUUGAUUGGAAGCGAAGGUAUGAUAUAAUUGCGGGUGUUGCUCGAGGCUUGCUCUACCUUCACGAAGACUCUCACUAUCGCAUUAUCCAUCGUGAUAUCAAGGCUAGCAACAUCCUGCUUGACGAUAAAUGGGCCCCAAAGAUUGCUGAUUUUGGCAUGGCCCGCCUCUUCCCUGAAGAUCAAACUCACGUCAAUACCCGCGUAGCUGGUACCAAUGCGUAUAUGGCGCCCGAGUAUGUCAUGCAUGGACAUCUAUCUGUGAAGGCAGAUGUAUUCAGCUUUGGGGUUCUGGUUCUGGAGCUAAUCAGUGGUCAAAAGAACUCAGCUUUCAACCCAAGUCUAGAUUCCCAGAAUCUACCGGAAUGGGCAUUUAAGUUGUACAAGGAAGGCAACAGCUUGGAGGUCAUGGACCCUGCAUUGGUACCAUCAGCAGUUCCUGAUCAGGUAGCAAAGUGUAUACAGAUAGGGUUGCUGUGCACACAAGCUGAUCCACAUUUGCGGCCCACCAUGCGUCGUGUGGUGGUAAGUCUAUCGAAGGAGCUUGGCACACUCGAAGAACCAAUUAGACCUGGACGCCCUGGUUCCAGAUAUAGAAGGUCUCGCCGCCCCAAUUCCUCAUCUUCCACUGCCCGAACUUCAGGGGACUCCAGUUCCCAUACAUUUGGUUCCACCACCAACACCGACUCUGCAACUGCAACUGCAACUGCAACUGCUAGCACAUCAGGUCUUACGAACUCAAGAUCCAUAACUGCAAUUGCAAGUACAUCAGCUCGUACAAACCGCAGAUUCGACCCUCAUGGGAAACGUCCCGUGCAAGGUUAGAAUCACCCUAGCUUUUAGGAAAUUUUUGCUAAUUCCUUUUCCGAGUAUAUAUGUGUGUAUGUUAUUAAUCUAUGUAAAUGUAAAUUAUGUAAGAGAGCAAUGAGUUAGAUGCUGUCAAUGUUAGGGGGUGUCAUUUUUUCAGUUAUGCAUGAGAAAGGACAUUGAAUGAAUUACCAUACAAAAUGCAUAUUACAUGUAAUCUAAGAACUAGUAUAGAUUUAAUUUCCGGAGUGUUAGGUCUA